AUGCCCACCAACUUUUUGAUGAUUUGCCCAAACAAAGCUAAACCGGCCUUCACACCCAAUAUUCCGUACCGCAGUAAACUGACCGAGAGGAUCGAACCUGGUCAGACACUGAUCAUCCGCGGCAGAACUAGCGAAGAGGCAAAGAGGUUCAAUAUCAACCUUCACAAAGACAGUCCGGACUUUAGUGGUAACGACGUGCCAUUGCACGUGAGUGUACGAUUUGAUGAAGGAAAGUUGGUUUUCAAUUCGUAUACAAAAGGUGCAUGGGGAAAAGAAGAACGGCAGAAGAAUCCGGUAAAGAAGGGUGACGCAUUCGACAUCCGAAUUCGAGCACACGACAACAAAUUCACCGUCUCUAUUAAUCGUAGAGAGGUGAAAUCGUUCGAGCAUCGCAUUCCUCUCCAGCAUGUUACUCAUCUCAGUAUCGACGGAGAUGUGGUACUUAAUCAUGUGCAGUGGGGAGGGAAAUACUAUGUGAGUUUCCUGAAUCCUUCAUUAACCCUUCCAUUGCAUGUUACUCAUCUCAGUAUCGACGGAGAUGUGGUACUUAAUCAUGUGCAGUGGGGAGGGAAAUACUAUGUGAGUUUCCUGAAUCCUUCAUUAACCCUUCCAUUACUGUUUGAUGCUAAUUCUUUCAGCCAGUUCCCUAUGAAUGGGUUCAAUGUGAAUCUUCUGAAGAAGAACGGUGACAUUGCCUUACACUUCAAUCCACGUUUCGAUGAAAAGGCCAAGGGUUUCAUCUGCGGCAAAAUCAAACCUGGCUGCGUGAUCAGAAACUCGUUUGUCAACGGUGAAUGGGGCAAUGAGGAACGUGAAGGCAAGAAUCCUUUCGAGAAAGGGGUUGGCUUCGAUUUGGAAAUCAAAAACGAAGAGUAUGCUUAUCAGAUUUUCGUAAACGGCGAGCGAUUUGCCUCUUACGCUCAUCGUAUCGAUCCCCAUGAAGUCGGAGGUCUACAAAUCCAGGGCGAUGUUGAGCUUAGCGGAAUUCAGAUCGUCGGUAACUGA